AUGACUGCACCACCUGGUAUUGGAGCUGUUCGACAGGCAACUCAACGAAUCGAAGGUCUUGACAUGACGGAAGAUCAGCAACGUCGUGGUACAGAAUACAUUCCAUGGUAUUCUGGACAGAAUAAAUUUGCAACACAAGCUGGUAGUGGAGGAUUUUUGAAAGUUCGAGAUGUCAUAGUUCACUCUAAGGCAAGUUUAUUUCGAGAUUAUUGGGCCCAAUGUAAAUUCAGACCCUGA